CCCAGUCAACAAUUACUGAGCAACGAUGGCGGCCUCCAUGCAAUCAGAGGGCCAUAAGCAUACUCCGUUUGAAUACAUGGCUUUUAUCAGCCCGAAGCCCAAAAUCCCCGAGGCUAACUACUGUGUAGCACUAAUGCAAUGUCUAAACGACUUUCGGAAGCAUAAUGUGCUCUGCGAAGUUACAAUUGUUGUAAAUGGCAAACCGUUUUAUGCACACAGAAAUGUGCUGGCGGCCGCUAGCCCUUAUUUCCGCUCUAUGUUUUCAAGUCAUUUUCGAGAACAGAACGAAAGCAAGCCAGUCAUACUUGAAAAUAUUACUGCAGAUGUGAUGGAGGAAUUGUUGAACUUUAUUUAUACUGGAACAAUUAAGAUAACACCGUUCAACGUGAAAGAUCUGGUAUCUGCAUCCAAUUACCUGCUUAUGAACAGUUUGAAAGAUGCAUGUGUUUCUUUUAUGAAAUCGAUGAUCAAUCCAUCGAACUGCUUAGGAAUAGAAACAGCCGCUAACCAGUUUGAUUGUGAAGCACUCCGUAAAACAGCUAAUCAGUAUAUUCUUGACAAUUUUGCGACUGUUUCCCAAACAGACGAAUUUAAAAGUUUACCCGCAGACAAACUCGAGGAAUUUUUAUCCAGCGACGAAACGAAAGUUGAUAGGGAAGAACAAAUUUUCGAAGCAUUGGAAACUUGGGUAAGUCACAAUGAAGACGAAAGAAAGCCGCUGUUCCCAAGGCUGAUUCAGCAUGUCAGAUUUCCUCUCAUGUCUCCUUAUUAUUUGGCUGAUUUUGUUGAGACUAAAGAGCUGGUAUUGAAAACACCUGAGUGCACACCCCUUUUACUGGAGGCCAAAAACUACCACAUGCUACCAGAUAGAAGACAUUUGAUCAAAGGUUCCAGAACAAAGCCCAGGAAAUCUAUGGGUUUUGUGACCGUCAUUUUUUCAGCUGGUGGAAUUCAGGGCUCCUCUGUAAUGAAGAACACCUUCUGUUAUGUCCCAAAGUCUAAUAAAUGGUACCCCUUGGCCCACAUGCUAGUGGCUAGGUGUCGUCAUGGUCUUGCGCUGACAGGAGAUAUGGUGUAUUCUGUGGGUGGCCAGUCAAGAGAAGGGGCAGCACAAAGCUCGCUUAGUUCUGUUGAGAGAUAUGAUCCACGCACAAACACAUGGACAAUGGUUGCUCCUAUGAAUGUACGGCGCAGUCUUCUAAAUGUAGCAGUUUUAGAUGGGCGACUUUAUGCUGUUGGUGGCUGUGAUGAGAACAAUUUUCGUCUGAAUAGUGUUGAGCAUUACAACCCCUUUACAGACACCUGGCACUAUUCAGCACCAAUGGCAACUUGUCGUAGCAGCCCUUGUGUGCUUGCUACUGGAAGAGCAUUAUACGUUGUGGGAGGUGUGAAUUAUGUUGGCAUGUCCCUAAAUACUGGAGAGUGUUUUGACCCAUUAGCUAAUACUUGGUCACCAAUUGCUCCUAUGAUUGAAAAACGGGCCAGUGCGUGUGGAGCUGUGUGUAAUGGCAAGGCCUAUGUUAUUGGUGGUUGGGAUGGCCAGAAGCACUUGAACACUGGAGAGAUGUAUGAGCCAGAAAUUGACCAAUGGACAGUUAUUCCUCAAGCUAGUACAGCCCGUUGGGAUGCUGGUAUUGCUGUGGAAAGUGACAGAAUCUUUGUGGUUGGUGGGUGUGAUAGGAAUGCAUUAUGUACUUUGGAGACAGAAUGCUAUGAUCCUGAGAAAAAGAAAUGGAGCAAAGUAGCUUCACUUCCUGUUGCAACACAUGGCCUCAAAUGUUCUACAAUACAGUUGCCAAACAAACUUAUCUAAACUGUAGUGGAACUGCAUGCUUUCUGGCAGGGCAUUGCAAGUGCUUUAGGAUUGCAUGAAGUUACACGUAUAACAUGCUCAAGAAUAUGUUAAUCAUAGCCUGCCAGCCAGCUCUCUUUUAGGGUUAUUCUGGAAUCUUUUGUCCAACAUGUGAAUGCCUUGGUUCACUGGGGCCAAGGAUUGCAUGCCACAUGUGAUGAAAACAAAGCAUUUAAGGAAUAACAUCAAAGGAGAGCCCGCUCUCUUUGGCAGUGUUUAUCAUUGAGAUAAAUCUUAGGCUGUGAGUGCCAAAUGGUCUACAUACCCCAAGGGUAAAUUUUAUUUUCCAUUCUCUGUAAAAUAAUUGUGUUUUUACCUGCAGUCAUUUUAUGUAAUGAAGUCAUUAUUUCAGCCAUGUUUUUUUCUUAAAUUUCUACUGCGAUUUUCAAUAUUGUGCAACAAUUUCCAACCACUAAACAGCUUUCUGGCUUCUGCAUUCAAACCUUCCGAAUUACAUUUGGUGCAUGAAACUAUUUUGAAUCUGCUUCAAGGUUUUGAAUGACAUAAGCAAGAAGUUGAUUUAGCUGUUGGAAGUUGUUGGAGAGAGUUCACAGAACGUUGAAUACUGCAGUAAUAAAAAAGACAAAAAUUGAAAGAUGUAUAAUAUCUAAAAUAUUCAAUAUAUACAGUUGUGAGUACCGCUUUGAGUCCUGUUUGGCAAGUUCUACUGUAUUUAUAUAGUAUCAUUUUUAUUAUGUCAAACAUGUCAAUAAAAAGGACCUAAAAGAUUCUGUUGCA